UCGGUCGACAUCCGCGAGCUCGAGCUGCCGCUGGCGCGCAUCAAGCGCAUCAUGAAGCUCGAGGACGAGGUCCAGUCGCAGCUCGACGGCCGCAAGAACAUGAUGGUGAGCUCCGAGGCGCCCGUCGUCUUCGCCAAGGCCUGCGAGCUCUUCAUCCGCGAGAUCACGACGCGCGCCUGGACCUGCACCGAGGAGAACAAGCGGCGGACGCUCCAGCGCUCGGACGUGGCGACGGCCGUGGGCAAGUGCGACAUGUACGACUUCCUCAUCGACGUCGUGCCGCGAGAC